GCUAUUUACAUCGUCACCGUACAAGUUCGUAUUCAAUCUCUUUUCGCCCUUCCUCUCUGAUAUUUGAGUUCUCUGACUGUAAUGGCGAAGGCGGAUAAGAAACCGGCCGAGAAGAAGCCGGCGGAGGACAAGAAAGCGGAGAAAGCUCCGGCGGGAGAAACUGCAGCGGCGGCGGAGAAGAAGCCAAAGGCCGGGAAGAAGCUGCCGAAGGAAGCUGCGUCCGGAGACAAGAAGAAGAAGCGGAACAAGAAGAGCGUCGAGACCUACAAGAUCUACAUCUUUAAGGUCCUGAAGCAGGUUCAUCCCGACAUUGGGAUCUCGAGCAAGGCCAUGGGGAUCAUGAACAGUUUCAUCAACGACAUCUUCGAGAAGCUCGCCCAGGAAUCUUCGAAGCUUGCAAGGUACAACAAGAAGCCGACGAUCACUUCUCGGGAGAUUCAGACCGCUGUGAGGCUUGUCUUGCCCGGAGAACUCGCGAAGCAUGCUGUGUCUGAAGGUACCAAGGCGGUGACGAAGUUUACUAGCGCUUAAAUGUGGGUUCUUACCUCGCAGUUCGUGUGUUGGAAUCGAUCUUUUGAUGUAUUGGGUUCUUACGUAGCAAGUAAUUAGGGUUUCCGAAUGUAAAUUUUUGGGAUUAUCCGAAGAUUCAAGGGAUAGAUUUGCUUAGGUUUGGGAAUUAAUGUUCGGUAUUUGAUAUAAGAAAUGAAGUUGCUUUCUUCCA